UUUUAGGGAAAUGACAUCAUUUUCGCUUCACUUUGCUGUGUCUAAUGGAAACGCGGUAGAUUGGAACUUGAACUGGAAAGUCUGAACAUUUGUAGUCGAGGGAGGUAAGACACAUUUUAACCCAGUGCAUGUUGCAGUUGUCUUUUCUAUAAUGAGAUGAGACUAUUUUGAAAAACAUUGCUUGGUCAGCCCAUACCGUUAUCUGCUGCCUUCCAGUGCCACACUGUCAUAGAUGGGUUAGCCGCUAAGCUAGCUAACGUUAGGAAGCUUAUAUAGUUGUUCAGAAAGCUAGCUAGCUAGCUAGCAGACGUUAGUGCUAGCCUGCUGAUAUUAGCUAACGUUAACUAGCUAGUCAACCAAGCCAUAGUUUCAGCCACGUCUAAGUGUAUUGUCUAGUUGGCUCUAGUCUUGCUUCCAAUGUUUAAACAUUUUGUAGCCAUCUCUGUACUCAAAGCUAACUAGCUAACGUUAGCUAUCUAGCCAGCUGUAGCUAGCUAUGGUGCUACAGCUAGCUAGUUUGCUUGACAGAAAGCAAUCACAAUGUCAACAAAGCCGAAGCCCCUCUCAACCCCUUCUGCUUUGUUGUCUCCCCAGGUGUCAAGUGGAUUUUGAAUCGUGACCCGUCUCGUCUAGAAUAUUAUAUGGCUGCCCCAGCCUUGCAACAGUCCAGUUUUCUUCUGGUUGGUUGUAACUCCUAUAUUGUGUUAUCACUGUAAAGUCCAUGGAGAAUAAGAGCACUUCCUCCCAGCUGCCCACUGCACUGAGGCUAGGAAACACUAUCACCACCGAUAAAUCUACAAUAAUUGAGAAUUUCAACAAGCAUUUUGCUACGGCUGGCCAUGCUUUCCACCUGGCUACAACUACCCCGGCCACCAACUCUGCACCCUCCGCUGCAACUUGCCCAUGCCCCCCCCCCCCCCCCCCCCCUUCUCCUUCACACAAAUUCAGACAGCUGAUGUUCUGAAAGAGCUGCAAAAUCUGGACCCCUACAAAUCAGCUGGGCUAGACAAUCUGGACCCUUUCUUUCUAAAACUAGCUGCCGAAAUUGUCGCAACCCCUAUUACUAGCCUGUUCAACCUCUCUUUCGUAACGUCUGAGAUCCCCAGAGAUUGGAAAGCUGCCGCGGUCAUCCCCUCUAGAUCCAAACUGUUACAGACCUAUAUCCAUCCUGCCCUGCCUUUCGAAAGUAUUUGAAAGCCAAGUUAACAAACAGAUCACCGACCAUUUCGAAUCCCACCGUACCUUCUCCGCUAUGCAAUCUGGUUUCCGAGCUGGUCAUGGGUGCACUUCAGCCACGCUCAAGGUCCUAAACGAUAUUAUAACCGCGAUCGAUAAUAGACAGUACUGUGCAGCCGUCUUCAUCGACCUGGCCAAGGCUUUUGACUCUGUCAACCACCGCAUUCUUAUUGGCAGACUAAAUAGCCUUGGUUUCUCAAAUGACUGCCUCGCCUGGUUCACCAACUACUUCUCAGAUAGAGUUCAAUGUGUCAAAUCGGAGGGCCUGUUGUCUGAACCUAUGGCAGUCUCUAUGGGGGUGCCACAGGGUUAAAUUAUUGGGGCGACUCUUUUCUCCAUGUAUAUCAAUGAUGUCGCUCUUGCUGCUGGUGACUCUCAGAUCCACCUCUACGCAGACGACACCAUUUUGUAUACAUCUGGCCCUUCAUUGGACACUGUGUUAACAAACCUCCAAACGAGCUUCAAUGCCAUACAACACUCCUUCAGUAGCCUCCAACUGCUCUUAAACACUAGUAAAACUAAAUGCAUGCUCUUCAAUCGAACGCUGCUGGCACCCGCCCACCCGACUAGAAUCACUACUCUCGACGGGUCUGACCUAGAGUAUGUGGACAACUACAAAUACCUAGGUGUCUGGUUAGACUGUAAACUCUCCUUCCAGACUCACAUUAAGAAUCUCCAAUCCAAAGUUAAAUCUAGAAUCGGCUUCCUAUUUCGCAACAAAGCCUCCUUCACUCAUGCUGCCAAACAUGCCCUCGUAAAACUGACUAUCCUACCAAUCCUUGACUUCGGCGAUGUCAUUUACAAAAUAGCCUCCAACACUCUACUCAGCAAAUUGGAUGUAGUCUAUCACAGUGCCAUCCGUUUUGUCUCCAAAGCCCCAUACACUACCCACCACUGUGACCUGUACGCUCUUGUUGGCUGGUCCUCACUACAUGUUCGUCGUCAAACCCACUGGCUCCAGGCCAUCUAUAAAUCACUGCUAGGCAAAUCCCCGCCUUAUCUUAGCUCAUUGGUCACCAUAGCAGCACCCACCCGUAGUCUGCGCUCCAGCAGGUAUAUCUCACUGGUCAUCCCCAAAGCCAACACCUCCUUUGGCCGCCAUUCCUUCCAGUUCUCUGCUGCCAAUGACUGGAAGGAAUUGCAAAAAUCUCUGAAGCUGGAGACUCUUAUCUCCCUCACUAACUUUAAGCAUCAGUUGUCAGAGCACCUUACCGAUCACUGCACCUGUACACAGCCCAUCUGAAAUUAGCCCACCCAACUACCUCAUCCCUAUAUUGUUAUUUAUUUUGCUCUUUUGCACCCCAGUAUCUCUAUUUGCACAUCAUCUCUUGCACAUCUAUCAUUCCAGUGUUAAUACUAAUUGUAAUUAUUUUGCACUAUAGCCUAUUUAUUGCCUUACCUCCAUAACUUGCUACAUUUGCACACACUGUAUAUAUAUUUUCUGUUGUAUUUUUGGACUUUUUUUACCCCAUAUGUAACUCUGUUGUUAUUUUUAUCGCACUGCUUUGCUUUAUCUUGGCCAGGUCGCAGUUGUAAAUGAGAACUUGUUCUCAACUGGCUUACAGUGGGGGAAAAAAGUAUUUAGUCAGCCACCAAUUGUGCAAGUUCUCCCAAAAUAAGAAAAAAAAUACAGAAAAUCACAUUGUAGGAUUUUUUAUGAAUUUAUUUGCAAAUUAUGGUGGAAAAUAAGUAUUUGGUCAAUAACAAAAGUUUCUCAAUACUUUGUUAUAUACCCUUUGUUGGCAAUGACACAGGUCAAACGUUUUCUGUAAGUCUUCAUGGUUUUCACACACUGUUGCUGGUAUUUUGCCCCAUUCCUCCAUGCAGAUCUCCUCUAGAGCAGUGAUGUUUUGGGGCUGUCGCUGGGCAACACAGACUUUCAUCUCCCUCCAAAGAUUUUCUAUGGGGUUGAGAUCUGGAGACUGGCUAGGCCACUCCAGGACCUUGAAAUGCUUCUUACGAAGCCACUCCUUCGUUGCUCGGGCGGUGUGUUUGGGAUCAUUGUCAUGCUGAAAGACCCAGCCACGUUUCAUCUUCAAUGCCCUUGCUGAUGGAAGGAGGUUUUCACUCAAAAUCUCACGAUACAUGGCCCCAUUCAUUCUUUCCUUUACAUGGAUCAGUCGUCCUGGUCCCUUUGCAGAAAAACAGCUCCAAAGCAUGAUGUUUCCACCCCCAUGCUUCACAGUAGGUAUGGUGUUCUUUGGAUGCAACUCCGCAUUCUUUGUCCUCCAAACACGACGAGUUGAGUUUUUACCAAAAUGUUCUAUUUUGGUUUCAUCUGACCAUAUGACAUUCUCCCAAUCCUCUUCUGGAUCAUCCAAAUGCACUCUAGCAAACUUCAGACAGGCCUGGACAUGUACUGGCUUAAGCAGGGGGACACGUCUGGCACUGCAGGAUUUGAGUCCCUGGCGGCGUAGUGUGUUACUGAUGGUAGGCUUUGUUACUUUGGUCGCAGCUCUCUGCAGGUCAUUCACUAGGUCCCCCCGUGUGGUUCUGGGAUUUUUGCUCACCGUUCUUGUGAUCAUUUUGACCCCACGGGGUGAGAUCUUGCGUGGAGCCCCAGAUCGAGGGAGAUUAUCAGUGGUCUUGUAUGUCUUCCAUUUCCUAAUAAUUGCUCCCACGGUUGAUUUCUUCAAACCAAGCUGCUUACCUAUUGCAGAUUCAGUCUUCCCAGCCUGGUGCAGGUCUACAAUUUUGUUUCUGGUGUCCUUUGACAGCUCUUUGGUCUUGGCCAUAGUGGAGUUUGGAGUGUGACUGUUUGAGGUUGUGGACAGGUGUCUUUUAUACUGAUAACAAGUUCAAACAGGUGCCAUUAAUACAGGUAACGAGUGGAGGACAGAGGAGCCUCUUAAAGAAGAAGUUACAGGUCUGUGAGUGCCAGAAAUCUUGCUUGUUUGUAGGUGACCAAAUACUUAUUUUCCACCAUAAUUUGCAAAUAAAUUCAUUACAAAUCCUACAAUGUGAUUUUCUGGAUUUUUUUUCUCAAUUUGUCUGUCAUAGUUGACGUGUACCUAUGAUGAAAAUUACAGGCCUCUCUCAUCUUUUUAAGUGGGAGAACAUGCACAAUUGGUGGCUGACUAAAUACUUUUUUUCCCCACUGUACCUGGUUAAAUAAAGGUGAAAUAAAAAAUAUAUAAAAAUCAUGAGCUAGUUAAAUGUGAACUAUCUGUUGCAUGCUUGAAGUUGUCAUGAGCCAAGUCAAUAUCACAUAGUUAGCUAACACUGUGGCAGCUGUAACCGUUGUCAGCUUUGAUGAUGUUCUCUUCUCUUUACAGGCCAAUCUGAAAGUUGACUCGACCACCAAACCUUUUCUCCAGCGGUGCCAGGAGCUGGUGAAGGUCAUUGAUGACUACCCUGCAAAGGUGCAGUUUGCUUGUAUAGACCAGUGUUGUUAGUUGUCUAUCUUGCAUGUGUUGUUGGAGAUUUAAUUGUGCGUGCUUAGGUCCAAACUACAGUACCAGUCAAAAGUUUGGACACACCUACUCAUUCCAGGGUUUUUCUUUAUUUUUACUAUUUUCUACAUAUGUAGAAUAAUAGUGAAGACAUCAAAACUAUGAAAUAACACAUAUGGAAUCAUGUAGUAACCCAAAACGUGUUAAACAAAUCAAAAUAUAUUUUAUAUUUGAGAUUCUUCAAAGUAGCCACCAUUUGCCUUGAUGACAGCUUUGCACACUCUUGGCAUUCUCUCAACCAGCUUCACCUGGAAUGCUUUUCCAACAGGCUUGAAGGAGUUCCCACAUAUGCUGAGCACUUGUUGGCUGCUUUUCCUUCACUCUGCGGUCCAACUCAUCCCAAACCAUCUCAAUUGGGUUGAGGUCGGGUGAUAAUGGAGGCCAGGUCAUCUGAUGCAGCACUCCAUCACUCUUACACAAUUUGUUGGGCCUUCCUCUGACACCGCCUAGUAUAUAGGUCCUGGAUGGCAGGAAGCUUGGCCCCAGUGAUGUACUGGGCCGUACGCACUACCCUCUGUAGCGCCUUACGGUCGGAUGCCGAGCAGUUGCCAUACCAGGCGGUGAUGCAACUGGUCAGGAUGCUCUCGAUGGUGCAGCUGUAUAACUUUUUGAGGAUCUGGGAACCCAUGCCAAAUCCUUUGUCUCCUGUGGGGGAAAAGGUGUUGUCGUGCCCUCUUCACGGCUGUCUUGGUGUGUUUGGACCAUGAUAGUUUGUUGGUGAUGUGGACACCAAGGAACUUGAAACUCUCAACCCGUUCCACUACAGCCCCGUCGAUGUGAAUGGGGGUGUGUUCGGCCCUCCUUUUCCUGUAGUUCACGAUCAGCUCCUUUGUCUUGCUCACGUUGAGGGAGAGGUUGUUGUCCUGGCACCACACUGCCAGGUCUCUGACCUCCUCCCUAUAGGCUGUCUCAUUGUUGUCGGUGAUCAGGCCUACCACUGCUGUCUCGUCAGCAAACUUAAUGAUGGUGUUGGAGUCGUGCUUGGCCACGCAGUCGUGGGUGAACAGGGAGUACAGGAGGGGACUAAGCACACACCCCUGAGGGACCCCUGUGUUAAGGAUCAGCGUGGCAGUUGUGUUGUUGCCUACCCUGUCAUUCUCAGUUGCUGGGAGUUGUAUGAUUUACAUAGAACACUUACUAGUGUUUAUGUUAUCUUUUGAAAGGGUUGGGCCAGACCCACAAGUUGGAUUCUCCAGGCUUUCAUGCCCAUGUGGAAUGUGUCUAGGCAGCUGUUACUGUGCGGUAUGUUGGGAUCAGAGGGAAUAUCAUGCCAGGGUGACACAGCGUCUGGAAACCAGGGUCUCAGGAACAGCUGCUGCACUGCAGAUGCCUCACUCUGCGUGUGUGCGUGUGUUACAGAGGAAGAGCACCUAUCUGCCAAUAGGUCAGAAAGAGCAUUGAACAUCCUUACCCAAACCGGUUCAGCUCAACUCAACCAUGUUACCCAAUCGCAUUCAUCCUCUUGUCUUCCACCGGAAGUUUCCUCUCCAUGGUCUGAUGACAUUGUUGUGGAGGGUGACUGAAGCAGGGAUAAUGGAAGUAAGCUUGUGUUUGUGACUGACAGCAUUAAUAUAUUUCUUUCUUCAGGAGCUGCACUUGAUCUUCCCCUGGCUUGUUGAGAGUGUUUUUGGCAGUCUGGAUGGGGUCAUCGUGGGCUGGAACCUGCGAUUCCUGCAGGCACGCAGCAAUGAGUACAACAUCGUCAUGGACUUUCUCGAUCCUAGGUAGGCCUCACAGGCUCCUUUGGUGUUAGCUGCUAUUAGCAAUGCUGGUGUAUUUACACUACAGCAUUGCUCCCUAUUGUAUUUGGUUGCACAAAAAGUCUGUAAAAAAAUAAUCAACUUACGGUUGGUCAAUAAAACGGGGAGGAUUUGGGACAACAUAUCUAAACAGACUUUCCAAACACAGGGUGUUAUUGUUACUUUGGUGUGUGUGUCACUACACUGUGACACACAUUAUGUAUUAUGUAUGUGGCUGUACAAGACGUGUAUGACAUAAUGUACAGUGUCUAUUAUGUAGCAGUACUGUGUGUCUAAGACAAUUUUCCCCUCAGGAACAUUAAAGCCUUCAUGAAAAAUAGUAAUGUACUGGAUACUGACUUAAUUCUGAUUGUAUGUGCUUUUCAGUGGGCCAAUGAUGAAGCUUGUGUACAAGCUUCAAGCAGAGGAGUACAAGUAUGAAAUACCUGUCAGCUUUCUCCCUGUAAGUCUCAUCCCUUUUUAAACAUGACUUUUCUUUAUCAAUUUCAUACAUAGCAAGGUCUUCCACAACAGUGAUUGGUGUAAAGCUUGGAUGUUAUUUUCUCUUGCAGGGUCCUGUAAAGGCAUCCAUACAGGAAGGCGUCCUCCCAGAUUGUCCACUUUUUCACAACAAGCUGCAGUUUCCUCUGUCUGGUCUGCAGACACUCAGCCUGGCGCUCAGUAUCCUUGAUGCUCAAACUCACACUCAGACCUCGCCUUCUCACAAACAUACAAUGUGGACAAUGACAAUGUUUGCUAAAAUUAUUUAAUUUGUUGUAUAGUCUGGUGGUAUGUCCUUAAACCAUCUCCAGAUCCCUUUGAAUAUUACAUGUUCAUGUUUGCUUCCAGUCUCAUCACACCAAAGGUGAACCCUACUCAACUGUCAUUACAACAGGAAAGGUUUUGAUAGUUUGUGAUAACUUUCAUGAUAAUCAGACUAUUAUUCGACCUAACAUGAUUGUUUUGAUGUAAUUUUCUCAGAACUACCCUCUGGGCCAGCAUGUGAGCAGCUCGGACAAUGCGUACUUUGUGCUUGUGGACACCUACCUCAAGUACUUCCUCCCUACAGAGGGAAGUGUUCCCCCCUCUCCAUUCGCCGACAAUAGAGGCUCUGUGUCUCCAUCUGCUCCCAGGUACUCUACAGUGGGGAUUGGUCUAAUCAAAGUCAAUGUUUCUGUCAGUGGUAUAAAAAGUACUCAAUUGUCAUACUUUAGUAAAAGUAAAUAUACCUUAAUAGAAAAUGACUUAAGUAAAAGUAAAAGUCACCCAGGAAAAUACUACUUGAGCAAAAGUCUGGUUUGAAAUGUACUUAAGUACAGUGGUGGAAAAAGUGCUCAAUUGCCAUACUUGAGUAAAAGUAAAUGCUAUACAAACCAGACGGCACGGUUUUCUUUUUUCUUUACGGACAGACGGGCAUUCUCCAACACUCAGACAUGCUAUACAAACCAGACGGCACGGUUUUCUUUUUUCUUUACGGACAGACGGGCAUUCUCCAACACUCAGACAUGCUAUACAAACCAGACGGCACGGUUUUCUUUUUUCUUUACGGACAGACGGGCAUUCUCCAACACUCAGACAUAAUUUACAAAAGCAUUAUUUGUGUUUAGUGAGUCCGCCAGAUCAGAGGCAGUAGGGAUGACAAGGUGUUAUAUUGAUAGGUGUGUGAAUUGGACCAUAAUUCUGACCUGCCUGAACAUUAGAAAUGUAAUGAGGGGAAAAUGUAUGGGAGUAAAAAGUACAUAUUUUCUUUAGAAUUGUAGUAGAAUAAAAGUAAAAGUUGUACCCCAAAAACGACUUAAGUAGUACUUUAAAGUACUUUUACUUAAGUACUUUACACCACUGGUUUCUGUAAAUGUGAAAGGGUUGUGAUCAGUAGGGUGAGAACCUUUGAAAGAUGCUACCUGAACUUGUCCAAUAAGAGCACACACUUUCUUUUUCCUUUGCCUCCUCUUAGUUUCUCCUUCCUUCCUCAUGCUACAACUCAGUGCUCACUGUCAUGUCUUUGGUGCCCAGGGCUCCCAGCGUGCCUUUUGCAGGGUAUGGUAUCCAUAGCACCAGCCUCCUCAAACGCCACAUAUCCCAUCAGCCCUCGGUCACUGCUGACCCUGCAGCCCAGGAGAUCUGGAGGUCCGAGGCAUUACUACAGGUGAGGCUUCAUCCUUUGUCAGUCAUGAAUGGAUUUAGUCUGAAUGAUGUCAGUCAAGUGUUUAGGGAAUCGUGAAUAAGACGUUUGUGUGUGUGUUACCCCCAGGUGUUUGUGGAGAUGUGGCUGCAUCACUACUCCCUGGAGAUGUACCAGAAGCUGCAGUCCCCGCAGGUGAAGGUAAGAGCAUGUCAAACAUGGACCCUCCCACCACCAAGUUCCCCCCUCACCCCUGCACUGCAGCAACGCACGGCUGACUGGCUGAUGAAAAUCUCCCCCCCACCACCACUACCGCCCCUCUCCCCCUUCACUUGAACAACGGCAGGGCUCGUCCCACCGAGUGCUAUAAUAGACCUUCCUCCAACCCCACUAAGACAUGGACCCCACAUGGUGAUCAGCGUCAAAUCAACCUGUCCCAUGGCUGGGACUGGGACACAAAACGGGUCACAUUGUCCUCUUUUCAAUUAGAGGAGUAUUUCUACCUGAUUAAGACUUGCACUCCCACACCUGGGCUAUAGAAAUGUAGUUUAUAUCCAUCUCCUUUGCACGGCAUAGAUACGUAUACUGUAUAUGAGUUGCUGUUUCUUAUGCUUCUUUAAGAGUUACUGGAAAAUCAGGCAGAGGGAGGUCUGGCUUUGGUUUGGACUCGUUUUGUCUCUCCUUAUUUGCAUAGAUUAGGAAACAUGAAUGCUAUCAAAGUUCAAUGUCAAACCAAUCAAAAAAGGGCACAGUAAACAGCAGGCAUUUGUAAUUUUAUUUGAAAGUCAGGCUUAUUUUUGGAUGAUUUUCUUUAUUUUGUUGCUGAAUUAUUGGCUUAUGGGCAACUGCAGAGCAAAUGUACUGCACUGAUUUGGCAUGUGUAUCUGGUAGUAGUGCUUUUGCUUCCCACAUGACCUGUGCAUGCUGUCUGUUUGUGGCUGUUAACGGUUUCAGUACCCUUCUCUGAUGUUUAUUUGGCUGUUGGACAGGCUGGUUGCCAUCUUUACAUCAGUUCAAGUAUCAUCUAGCCACCACCCUUUUUCAUGAUCCAUACACCUGUCAUAUCCCCAAUGGUGUACAGGCCAUACCCUUCCCAUCCCUGCUGUCCCCUACUAACCUAGUACGUACACAAUCUUCUGUUAGAUUGUAUAGUUAAAGUUAAGUAUGUGGUCCUCCAUUGUGUAAGAGAUGCAGUACCCCCUCUCCCCUCUAAAAGACCACCUGUCAUGGCCAUUGGACCGAAACAAUCCUUUUACCUGUGGACAGUUCUUCCACCUAAAAUCUCUUUAACAAACCCUGUUAUUAACCAUGUGUUGUAUCUUCUGUGCCUCUCAUUGAUGAGGAUAUUUACAGUUUAAUCUCUCCUGUCUUGGGUGUGGAAAGGGCUACUGCAUCACCCUAGCUGUUAUAGCAUUGUGUUCCUGUGGUCAAUAUCUUUUUGUUUGUUUUGUUUCUUGUUUUCUCCCAUUUUUGGUGUUCAGUCCUUUUCCUUUGUGGAUGCACUCUAUCCUUUUUUUUUCUCCUUUCUAUUCUCAUGUUCACCUCCUUCCCUUCUCCCCCUUUCUCCUCCUUCCCCCACUGUUGUCGUUUCCCUCCUCCUCUUCCUCCCCUGGUUGUGACGGGUCGUACAGCUGGCACUGCUGCACUAUCGUCUCAGUAUGUCCAGCAUGCCGUGCCAACCCCUGACCCCUCCUGGCUCUGGGACCCUGGACACGUACCAAGUACUUUUACCUUUUCAUCCACUCCCACCGGGCCUGCUGGAGGUAAACCUAGGCCCUGAGGACAGAGUAGCAUUAAGGUUAAGAUGGGGAAGUCAAGGGUACUUCUCUUUUUUUUUUUUAAGCAUUUGAAUGCCGUUACAGUGCAUUCUGUAAAACCAACUGCCUGGUUGACGCAACCAGUCAAAGACCUAUCCUUGGAUGGACCCCAUUUUGACGGCACAAAAUUCACAUAACGUCAAACAUCUCACAGUAGGAUCUGGCCCAUAGAGAAGCAUUAUUGAAAGGAGAAUGUGCCUUCAAAGCACGUUUUGAAUUUGAAGAGAUUGAUGUUUUCAUUGUGUGUGUGUGUCCUUUUCUUUAUAGCAUGUGUUGUUGAUGUCUGUUGUGUUGCACACUAUCCUUGGUUAAUGUGUGUCAUUGUCUUUCUCAUCUCACAUCUUUCCAUUAUGAGCAAACACUACUACAGUAUACAAAACAUGAAUAACCAAAUUUCCCUAAAUAAUUUAAUUAAUGAAUCAUCAAAUUGUCUACUUGCCUCAUCAUUCUAAGAAUAAUGGAUCUGAAUAUCAAUUUGAAGUACUGUAUGUGCCUGUUUCUGAGCUAGACACAGAUUGAAUUAUGUUUUCAGCUAGGCUUUUUCAACAGCAGGGUAAUUUGAGAAACAGUAACAUUAACUAUGGCUAGGGGAGGGGAGGGACCAGGAUUAGGGGAAUGUUCCAAGCCCACUGUGUGAUUGGUUAUUGUGGUCCAAGGAGCUUUGUGUGAUUGGCUGCUGCCAAUGUGGAUCUCUGUAUGACUGGCUGCGGUUUCAGGAGACUUUCACCCCGACAGAGGAGCACGUUCUGGUGGUGCGUCUCCUGGUGAAGCACCUCCAUGCCUUCUCCUGCAGCCUGAAGCCUGAGCAGGUCUCCUCCUCGCCCUCGGCCCACUCCCACGCCAGCCCCCUGGAGGAGUUCAAGAGGUGAGCUGAGCAGUGAGCACCCCCAUGGUCAGACAUCAGGGUCCACGUUCUCUCCAGCACUUAACAGUAACUUUAAACAGUCAAUCUAGUUUUGUCUGUAAUUCACUAUGGCCCUGUCUCUGUCUCUGUAGGGUGGUGGUCCAGCGUUUUGUCCAGCAGAAGCUCUAUGUGUUCCUCCAGCACUGCUUUGGACACUGGCCUUUAGAUGCCUCCUUCAGAGCGGUAGGUGUUACAACUCCAUCCUCAACCUUCUCAGCUUGGCUGGGGUGUUGGUGUCAAUCACGACUUUCACUCAUUGGGUCCACAAUUUUUUUUUUUUAUGUGCUCUUAUCUCUAUACCACCACUGUCUCUGUGUUUAGGUGUUGGAGACUUGGCUUAGCUACAUCCAGCCAUGGAGGUACACAGGAGAGAAUACCAAUCCUCAGACAGACCAGAACAAAGGUGUACCUGAGAAAUGGUGAGUUAUCUGUUGGAUCACUGAAUAGGUCAGGCUAAAUAAAUGCGUGUUAGCAGUGCUUCCUUGAAAUGUUUUACUCUGAGGUACAGACUAGUAAAAUCUGCCCCUUUUAUUCUCUGUAUCCAACGCACUAGAAGACCAGUUCUUAAAGGCUUUAGCCGUAUCCUUAUUCUAUUCCUCCUCUGUUCCUCUGGUGAUGUAGAAGUUAACCCAGGCCCUGUAGCCCCCCAGUAUCACUCCUACCCCCCAGGCGCUAUAAUUUGUUGACUUCUGUAACCGUAAAAGCCUUGGUUUCUUGCAUGUUAACAUCAGAAGCCUCCUUCCCAAGGUUUAGGUAUUCACUGCGCUAGCACACUGCCAACCCUGAUGUUCUAGCAGUGUCUGAAUCCUGGCUUGGGAAGGCCACCAAACUACAACAUUUUCCGUCUAGAUAGAACUGCCAAAGGGGGCGGAGUUGCAAUCUACUGUAGAGAUAGCCUGCAGAGCUCUAUCAUACUAUCCAGGUCUGUGCCCAAACAGUUUGCGCUUCUACUUCUAAAAAUCCACCUUUCCAGAAAUAAGUCUCUCACUGUUGCCGCUUGCUACAGACCCCCCUCAGCCCCCAGUUGUGCUCUGGACACCAUAUGUGAAUUGCUUGCCCCCCAUCUAUCCUCAGAGUUCGUACUGCUUGGUGACCUAAACUGGGAUAUGCUUAACACCCCGGCCGUCCUUCAAUCUAAACUAGAUGCCCUCAAUCUCACACAAAUGAUCAAGGAACCUACCAGGUACAACCCUAAAUCCGUAAACAUGGGCACCCUCAUAGAUAUCAUCCUGACUAAUUUACCCUCUAAAUACACCUCCGCUGUCUUCAACCAGGAUCUCAGCGAUCACUGCCUCAUUGCCUGCGUCCGUAAUGGGUCCGCGGUCAAACGACCACCCCUCAUCACUGUCAAACGCUCCCUAAAACACUUCAACGAGCAGGCCUUUCUAAUUGACCUGGCCCGGGUAUCCUGGAUGGAUAUUGACCUCAUUCCGUCAGUAGAGGAUGCCUGGAUGUUCUUCAAAAGUGCUUUCCUCUCCAUCUUAAAUAAGCAUGCCCCUUUCAAAAAAUUCAGAACUAAGAACAGAUAUAGCCCCUGGUUCACCCCAGACUUGACUGCCCUUGACCAGCACAAAAACAUCCUGUGGCGUACUGCAUUAGCAUCGAACGGCCCCCGCGAUAUGCAACUUUUCAGGGAAGUCAGGAACCAAUAUACACAGUCAGUUAAGAAAGCAAAGGCUAGCUUUUACAAACAGAAAUGUGCAUCCUGUAGCACUAACUCCAAAAUGUUUUGGGACACUGUAAAGCACCUCCUCCCAGCUACCCACUGCACUGAGGCUAGGAAACACUCUCACCACCGAUAAAUCUACGAUAAUCGAGAAUUUCAAUAAGCAUUUUGUUGCCUGGCUGGCCAUGCUUUCCACCUGGCUACCCCUACCCCGGCCACAAGCUCUGCACCCUCCGCUGCAACUUGCCCAUGCCCCCCCCCCCCCGCUUCUCCUUCACCCAAAUUCAGAUAGCUGAUGUCCUGAAAGAGCUGCAAAAUCUGGACCCCUACAAAUCAGCUGGGCUAGACAAUCUGGACCCUUUCUUUCUAAAAUUAGCUGCCGAAAUUGUCGCAACCCCUAUUACUAGCCUGUUAAACCUCUCAUUCGUAUCGUCUGAGAUCCCCAGAGAUUGGAAAGCUGCCGCGGUCAUCCCCCUCUUCAAAGGGGGUGACACUCUAGAUCCAAACUGUUACAGACCUAUAUCCAUCCUACCCUGCCUUUCGAAAGUAUUUGAAAGCCAAGUUAACAAACAGAUCACCGACCACUUUGAAUCCCACCGUACCUUCUCCGCUAUGCAAUCUGGUUUCCGAGCUGGUCAUGGGUGCCCCUCAGCCACGCUCAAGGUCCUAAACGAUAUAAUAACCGCGAUUGAUAAAAUACAGUACUGUGCAGCCGUCUUCAUCGACCUGGCCAAGGCUUUUGACUCUGUCAAUCACUGCAUUCUUAUUGGCAGACUAAAUGGCCUUGGUUUCUCAACUGACUGCCUCGCCUGGUUCACCAACUACUUCUCAGGUAGAGUUAAAUGUGUCAAAUCGGAGGGCCUGUUGUCUGGACCUCUAGCAGUCUCUAUGGGGGUGCCACAGGGUUCAAUUCUUGGGCCGACUCUAUUCUCUGUGUAUAUCAAUGAUGUCGCUCUUGCUGCUGGUGACUCUCAGAUCCACCUCUACGUAGACGACACCAUUUUGUAUACAUCUGGCCCUUCAUUGGACACUGUGUUAACAAACCUCCAAACGAGCUUCAAUGCCAUACAACACUCCUUCCGUGGCCUCCAACUGCUCUUAAACGCUAGUAAAACUAAAUGCAUGCUCUUCAAUUGAACACUGCUUGCACCCGCCCACCCGACUAGAAUCACUACUCUCGGCGGGUCUGACUUAGAAUAUGUGGACAACUACAAAUACCUAGGUGUCUGGUUAGACUGUAAACUCUCCUUCUAGACUCACAUUAAGCAUCUCCAAUCCAAAGUUAAAUCUAGAAUCAGCUUCCUGUUUCGCAACAAAGCCUCCUUCAUUCAUGCUGCUAAACAUGCCCCCGUAAAACGGACUAUCCUACCGAUCCUUGACUUCGGCGAUGUGAUUUACAAAAUAGCUUCCAACACUCAACUCAGCAAAUUGGAUGUAGUCUAUCACAGUGCCAUCCGUUUUGUCACCAAAGCCCCAUAUACUACCCACCACUGUGACCUGUACGCUCUCGUUGGCUGGCCCUCACUACAUAUUCGUUGCCAAACCCACUGGCUCCAGGUCAUCUAUAAAUCACUUCUAGGCAAAUCCCCGCCUUAUCUUAGAUCAUUGGUCACCAUAGCAACACCCACCCAUAGUCUGCGCUCCAGCAGGUAUAUCUCACUGGUCAUCCCCAAAGUCAACACCUCCUUUGGCCGCCAUUCCUUCCAGUUCUCUGCUGCAAAAGACUGGGACGAACUGCAAAAAUCUCUGAAGCUGGAGACACUUAUCUCCCUCACUAUCUUUAAGCAUCAGUUGUCAGAGCAGCUUACCGAUCACUGCACCUGUACACAGCCCAUCUGUAAUUAGCCCACCCAACUACCGCAUCCCCAUAUUGUUAUUUACAUUAUUUAUUUUGCUCAUUUGCACCCCAGUAUCUCUAUUUGCACAUCAUCUUCUGCACAUCUAUCACUCCAGUGUUAAUAUUAAAUUGUAAUUAUUUUGCACUAUGGCCUAUUUAUUGCCUUACCUCCAUAACUUACUACAUUUGCACACACUGUAUAUAGAUUUUCUAUUGUGUUAUUGACUGUACGUUUUAUUUAUUCCAUAUGUAACUCUGUGUUGUUGUUGUUUUUAUCGCACUGCUUUGCUUUAUCUUGGCCAGGUCGCAGUUGUAAAUGAGAACUUGUUCUCAACUGGCUUACCUGGUUAAAUAAAGGUGAAAUAAAAUAAAUAUUGGUGUAUUUGUCUUACUGAUUCCUCAAUUUUUCAGAUCCAUCUUCCUGACCAGUUUCUCUUUUCUUUUUUUUUCAGGGGCUUGUUUGUUCAGGAGAACCUGCUCAUGUACACAAAGCUCUUUCAGGGCUUUCUAAACAGGGUGGUACGCAUAGACCUGGUCAACGUCAAAAAUGCACUAAUGGUCUUCAGGGUGGCCAAAGUCUUCGCUCAGCCAAACCUAUCAGAGAUGAUUCAGAAAGGUAAGGACAGAAACAAUCACCCAGCCUUAUGAUACUUGUGUGAUGCAGAUGCACUAAUAGUAAUGUCCAACUACAGUAGUCUGUGCUAUCACUGACCUGUCCUCUCCUAUCCGUCCCCUCCCUGUCCCUCCCCAGGAGAGCAGCUGUUUCUGGAGCCGGAGCACGUCCUCCACCACCGGCAGCACCGGGUCUUCCUCACUCCUAGCCACGGUGGCAGCUUCCUGUCUGCCCGGCAGUCUGUGGUGACAGACAGGGUGUUCAGGGUGAAGAGCCACGUGUACGGCCUGGAGGGCCAGGACUGCCAGUACAAACAGAUGUUCGGCACAGAGCUGAGGGGCGCGGUGAGUGGAGGGGACUAUCCUUGGGGGUGGUUUCAUUGCAAUUCCAGAUUUGCAAGUUUGUAAUUCCAAUUCUGGAGUUGAACCCAACUUUGGGAGAAAACUGCCAAUGAGGCUAAUGGUGAGCUAGCUAGCGUUAACCACCUGCUACAAGCACAGUCUGUGUGGACUUAAUUGAAUUAGCUUGGCUGACUGUUCACAAAUGUUGUCAAUCAUCAGUUAACUGUAGUCUCAGUUGAGUAAAAUGAGCUGUGUUGGUGUUGCUGACUUUCUGGAGAAGACUAUGUUCUUCUUGCUACUCACAACAGACCCAACCGCCCAGGCCUGCCUUCGUCUUAAAUUUACAUUUGUCAUUUAGCACAGGGUUUCCCAAACUCGGUCCUGGGGCCCCCCCCCCUGGGUGCACAUUUUGGUUUUUGCCCUAGCACUACACAGCUGAAUCAAAUAACCAACUCAUCAUCAAGCUUUGAUGAUUUGAAUCAGCUGUGUAGUGCUAGGGCAAAAACCAAAACGUGCACCCAGAAGGGGGCCCCAGGACCGAAUUUGGGAAACCCUGAUUUAGCAGACUCUUAUCCAGAGUGACUUAGAGUAGUGAGUGCAUACAUUUUCAUACUGGUCCCCUGUGGGAGUUGAACCCACAACCCUGGCGUUGUAAGCGCCGUGCUCUACCAACUGAGCCACACGGGACCACUAGAACCAGUCAACAACUUCUCUUUUAGUCUGAUGUUUUGAGGCUGCAUAUAAGCAUGGUCACUGUUGUCAUCCUUCUUUGGUGUAGGUCCUGAAGCUCAUUCAGAUCAUCGCCCAGGCGAGGCAGACGGCCAAGAGGAUAUCAGAUCAGUCAGCUGAGGUGGCGGCCAAUAACUCCUUCAUGUCCUGGUUUGGAAUGGGCUCCCCCGACCUCAACUACACCUUCAAUGGAGGAGAGGUGGAUGACACUGGGGAGUGUGUCAAGAAGACCCACGAGUUCCUGGAGAGGUCACUGGACUACCUCUGUCAGAUAUUUCGGGUAGGUUUACACAAAACUUUUCCUUAACAUUUAGCAUGUGCUAAUGCUAAACGUUGAAGACUGCUGCAAUUGAUAUUAAUCAAACUUAAUUCAACUAAUUAUGGGUGAAAAUAUGUCAUGCUAUUCUGUCGUCUACAGCUGAAUGCAGGGCAGCUGUCUCAGCUGAUGGCUACCCUGAGCUCUGGUCAGGAUGAUGGAAACUCCAGGCAGCUACCAGACUGUGUUCAGGGUGAGAACGGACUCAUCCUCACAGACCUGGGCCGGAUGCAGGUCAGACUACUUAUUCAACUUACCGUUACCCAAAACUAGAACCCCAACCAUAUCAUAAAGGAAUUACUGUUAAAUAUAUUUUGCAGAUCAUCAAUGGACUGCGUAGAUUUGAGAUUGAGUACCAAGGAGAUCCGGAGCUUCAGCCCAUCAGGAGCUAUGAGAAUGCCGUGCUGGUCAGACUGUUUUUCAAGAUCUCGUCCCUGGUGAAUGAGAGGGUAUGUGAUAUAUAGCCUAACAGAAUCUGAGUUAUCAUAGUUUUAGUCCAAGCAUUUCUUAAUCAGAACCGUUCUCCCCUCCACAGUUCGGAGGUCACAUGGAAGCUCUGUGCUCGCGGCCGGACUUCCUGGGCCGGUUGGGACGACACUACCUGGCCAGCCCCGAGGCCAUGGCGGACGGCAGACAGAGGAGCCCAGAGACAUGGCGAACAGUGGAGAGGAACCGACGGCCGCGACUAAGCCUGCGCGCACUGGCGAGCUACAGAACUCUGCUGAUGCUUCUACUUCUCUACCUGUUUGGGGUGCUGUUCUCAUUCGGCCCCAUGUCCAGCACACUACUCAUUCUAACAGGCGGCUUUCUCUACGGACUCUUCAUAACCCUGUUUGGAGAUAAACUGAAGUCCCAGUAGCAGGGGAAUGAAAUUGAUUUUUUUUGCCACUUGCCUUCAUGCUUGACCAUCUGUUAUGAUAAAUUCAGUCCCUUUUUAUUAUUGUAAAUAAAUGCAAGUGCAUUGCUUUUCGGAUGAAGUUUGCUCAAAUAUUUUUUUAAGCAGUUUUACUGAUUGACAGAUGUGAAGGCUAGUUGUUUGAUUUAAUAUUCUAACAAGAUAUUGAAUGUUUUUCAAUUGAACAUUGAACGGAUGGUGGUGAUUAUCCUCAAACUACAAGAUUGACAGGUGUAAUAAAGAGUGACAUGACUCUUGCACUAGUAUUUUGAAGUCAUGAAAAUAAUUUCACUGAAGAUGGUAUUCUUUGCCUUAAUCGUUUUUGUAUGCUUGCUUGUCUGUAUGG